UCAAAUUAACACAUAACGGGAAAAUAGCAGACGACAGUUUCUGUUAUCAUAUUGAAAUAAAAAGGUUUUAAGCCAAGAUGAAUAUUUUGUUGCUUAGUGUGUUAAUUUUAGCAUUGUUUUACCCGGUAAAAGUAUUUUCACAAACUGGAACCGAUGUUAAUAAUUUGUUGACGCAUUUAUUUACAACUCGGGGUUACAACAAGAAAAUUCGGCCACUUACUGACCAGAACACAGCGGUACAAAUUGGCUUGGACUUCUUCUUGAAUGCAAUAAUUGACUUUGACGAACAAGACGAAAGUUUAAAGACGUCUGGUUAUCUUAGUUUUAUUUGGCUUGAUGAAUAUUUGACGUGGAACCCAGCUGACUACAACUCAACUACCGAAAUAUUUCUGCCCCAGGACGAUAUAUGGAAACCAGAUGUAGCGAUAAGAAAUGCCUUCAAAUCCUUUACUGGACUCGGAUCCUCAUUUCUAAAUGUCAGGGUUACUUCGGAUGGAUUAGUUUGGUGGAAUCCAUUCCAGGUGCUUGAAUCAACUUGCGCCGUUGAUAUCACGUACUUCCCGUUUGAUAGACAAACUUGCGAUUUGAAGUUCACAGCAUGGAGUUAUAGCAAAGAUGAAGUUGAAAUCAACAUGGGAAGUAGAGGGGUUGAACUUGAGGACUAUGUCGAGAACUCGGCAUGGGAACUCACCGGAACUUCUGCAAGAGAGACAAAUACCGGAGAAGCGGCGGUUUUCUUCACUUUGAAAUUGAAACGUAAAUCCGGAUUUUAUAUUUUGAACGUAAUCAUGCCGGUUGUUUUACUAUCUAUUUUGAGCGUAUUUACAUUCGUUUUGCCAAUCACAUCUGGUGAGAGAGCAAGCUACGCCGUGACGGUGUUCCUGUCGCUGGCUGUGUUCUUAACAAUUAUCGCGGCCGAGUUGCCAAAGAAUUCCGAAAACACAUCAGUCCUCGCGGUUUACCUCAUGCUCAUCAGCAGCUGGAGUACACUGAUUGUAGUGUUAUGCUUGAUCGAAUCUAGAAUUGCUAUCCGUGAUGAAAAAGAAUGUGCCAAUCAAUGUUUUCUUUAUGGCCUUUGUAAAAGCGACUGAUUUCUUCACUUGUAAAAAAGGUGCAAGAAGUCUGUCCGCCCAAAAGAAUUUACAUCAAAGUCAGAGCUAAAAGAGGUGUUAGAGGAAAAUGGCAAUGUCAUAACCUGGACUCGAGUCGUGGAUUCUAUGGACUUGUUUCUUUUGGCUUUCUCUACUAUUCACGUUUCUGUGUACAGUUAUCCUGGAUCUAUUGCAGUAAAUGGACCGAGUUAAUAACAUAACAUGCAUACUUUAAGAUAACGCAGCAGGUUAGCGACGUGAAAUCGAAUAUAAACAUUAUUAAGAUAGAUGUUUAAACAAGCCUACUGCCAAAAAAAAAAAGGAGAGAAACUA